GAGCCCAGAGAAGCAGCGCAGUCACUUCCAGCUCAGUGUUUAGUAAGGUUGCAGAUCCCGUGAGUGCUCCUGGGACCUUCACUCUGCAAGGAGCCUGGAUACUGUGAGUUCUUACUUCUGUCUCUUGCUGAGCCAUCAUUGUACCAGUGGUCUGCUUGGCGGGUGUUCUGCAUUUGCACAGUAGGAGGCUCCCAGAUUUGUGUGUGAUCUGUGAAACCCUCCUGUGAAAGAAAUAAACAGUCAUCGGAUCAGGUUUUCCUGGGAGUUGGUUGAGGCUCUGCCAGACAUGGUAGGUCAUCUGCAUUUGCAAGGGAUGGAAGACAGCUUGAAGGACAAGAAUCGUGAAGGGUUGUUAGACAGUCCAGAUUCUGGUCUCCCACCAAGUCCUAGCCCUCCUUUUUACUCAUUAUCCCCUGGCAUUGUGGAGGGCAGAGCUGAGGGCAGCAUCACUCCAACGUACCAUUCAGAUCAUGUCUACAGGAAGGAUAUCAAGGAGGGCAAAGUCAUCCCAUACCUUCUUCUGAAUAGCACCACCCAAGAACCCCGGCCAAGAAUGCACCCAGUUGUCUUUGGUGAAAGUAUUGAAGUGAACCCAGAGCCAGUGCAAGAAAUCAGAUGUAACUCAGAGAUCAAAUAUGACUCCGAAAAACAUUAUCAAGAUCACAUCUUUUAUGCCCCAAUUCCUACUGUCACUUCCUACAGUGAGACCGUUAUCUCCACCCCAAACUGCACAUGGAGGAAUUACAAAUCCCAGUUGCUAUUUGAGCCUCGCAACAAGCCCGUGAGGUUCCAGAGUACCACUAUCAUCUUUCCAAAACAUGCCAAGAACAUUUACAGAACAACCCUUAACUACAACUGCGGUGGAGCCAGGAAAUGGUUUGCAUCCAGCGUACAUUUGGAACUGUGUGAGGAAACGAGCCCUUGUAUGAUAUACACAGAUACUCUUUAAUUCACUCCCAGAUCCUUCACCAUCUGUUGGAAGAAAAUAUGAGUCCAAACUGAUUGGCCUCUGAACUGUAUAGAAAUGGGAGACCUACGUCUGCUUAUUGUAGGGAAACAAAAGGGAACCUGAAAAAUUGUAUAUAAAAGACUGAGUUAUAAUGUAAAAUCUGACUGGAUAAUAUUUCUUUAAUAUUUUCAGACUGUUUAUUUGCUGUUUGAUUGCAUUAAAUGGAUUAUGACAAGCCUCAAAUUAAUUUGAAGACAGGCUUCAAUGUUAAACAACACAUUGCAUAGCAAAACAAGUUGCCCGUCCUUGGUUUAAUGGUCGCAGUAGGUGAUGCCUCUUCUUGGACCAAUGUAAAAAAGUAGUAAAAUAGACUGUUAGGACCCCCUCUAUGUGUGCUUGCUUAUCUGGGGGAAAAUGCAGAAGAAGCAAGCUGUGCACAGUUGUAAAAGUGAUAAAAAAUGUAUAUAGAACUGUCUCAAAUGCAUGCUGCAAGGGAAGAAAGAUGCAAGUUAUAAACUAGGAUAGUUCUGUGUUCUCACUGAACGUUUUGGUUUAGAGAAUUGAAACAAAAUGGGAGAUCAGCUGCAUAUAGAGGGAUUGGUGCAAUAGUAUUUUUACUAUAUAUAUUUACUAGAUAUCACAACUAAAUGCAGUAGCAGGGUCUACAUGGGAACCAAGAGUUUAUUUAACAUCAGCUGUAGUACAGAAGCAAUUGUCAAUUCCUCUGGCAACAUUGUCUACCAGCUAUAUCAUUAGUUGUAAGAGGCACAAUGUAUAUAGCAAAAGUAUAAACUAAAUCAGGGACAGAUUUUUUUAUAGAUAAAUUAGAAAGAUCCCUUUUGGGGCUCCUGACUUGCUGUUUGAGGAACGCACUGCUUAUUUUCUCAUAUUAGUUAUAAUACCAAGCUGCAAAGUAUUGAUAUUGUCAUCUACAAUGCUGCUGUUCUCAGAAUGUGGCUGCAAAAAUGUCACUUCUGUUGGACUUUCACAGGGACGUUGAUGCCAAGGGACAAUCUCCAGUAAACCCCUUUGAUGUCCAAGAGGCUUUUGUCAAGUUAGUUCUAACUGCAAACCCUAAUCCUUAAAGGAAUAUUCCAGCCAAAAUUAGAAACCACAUGGGUGCAUUUUGGUAUUGAACAGAACCAUUUUUGUAAUAUAUAUGCAUUAGCAAAAAUGCUUCUAAUAAAAGGUAUAGCUGUUUCAAAAGUGUAUUUAAGUAUGCACUGUGUACCAGCAUUUUAAACAGAGCACUUGCUCAGAGAGCCUGAGGUGCAUGUACUGUACCAUCUGGUAAUGACUCAAUUUGUUAAUUACUGCCAUGAUACAAGCCCCAGUGAUGAUCUGAGCAGCUGCAUUAUUUAAAAUGUGGGUGCAGUGACAAUAUCUAGCUAUGCUUCACAUGCACGUGCAGAGAAACAGUGAUAACUUUUACUAGAAGCAUUUUUGCUAAUACUUGUAUAUUGCAAAUAUCUUUCUAUUCAAAGAUGUAAUUAGUCUAUGUGCAUUUAAAUUUUGACUGGAAUGUCCCUUUAAAUAAAGAUCACUGUCAUGAUAUUCUUGCAUGGAAUUUUAUGAGUUACAAGAUCUUGGUAUGUCUGAGGCCUCCGCAUGCAAACUCCUGGCUGCUACAUUAUCGUUGGCUUUCUUGCAGCUGCCGAUACCACUACCAAGAUAACUACCGUAUAUAGAGCAGAGCUUUCCAAACUUUUCAUGUUGGUGACACACUUUUUAGACCUACAUCAUUUCGCGACACAGUAAUUAAUUCAGUUGUACUAGCAAAAAUGAGAUUAAACUAACUUGUUUUAAAAUAUACGGACACAUACAUAAAUUAUAUAAUAAUAAUAAUAAUAUGUAUUUACAAGUCACAGUAUGUAUGUGCAAGAAUUAAAAAAAAGUUUAAUAACACCAAUGGCUAAUUACUAUUUUAAUGGCAUUUAUGAGGUUGAUGGAAUGAACACAAUUUCUGAAUAUUUAGUGGAAUAUUAGAUUCGCAUUUUAUCAUCAAGCAUUUUUAAGCUUCCAUUUCCUAUCCAUAUAUCAAGAGCAGGAGCAGCAAUGCACUACUGGGAGCUAGCUGCAAAAAAAACCCUCUGACUUCAGCUCAGCAUUAAAGCUGCCGCACUCAAAGCUCCGUGAGCCCUACUGACUACUGCCCACGCUGCAUACACACUGCUGUCCCGCUCACUGACUACACAUGCAGUCACAAGCCAAUUAAGGAGACUACACGUGCAGUCAGGAGCCAAUGUGCCGCCAAAGCCGCCAAUGGGAAUAGUUUCAGUUCCCACUGAGCUGCGCCAAUUGGUUAAGAUGAUCUUUGACCCACUAGGUAUCAAUCAUGUGUCAACCAUGUGAUAUGCAUAGCAGGCAGGCGGAAAGUCAGAAACCAAAAAAAACAUUAAAAAAAUUUAAUUAAAAAAAAAUUGUGCUGAAGCAGGGACACACCUACACACUGCUGCCGACACACUAGUGUGUCCCGACACACAGUUUGGAAAGCACUGAUAUAGAGGUUGGAGUUAUAUAGCUUUCUUUUAGAGACAGUAUAGUUCCUAUGCAGUAAAAGGGCUUUUAAAAGAAUAGAAAAUGCUAAGCUGAGGUACUGAUCUCUUUUGAAAACUGUUCUGAACCUUCUAAAAGCACCAAAGGCAUUACUGCUUCAAUAGCUUUUCACUGUCCUUCAAAUGCACAGUCUAGUGAAUUACACCUUUAUUUGCUCUGGAUUGAUUGUGCCGGUGCCUGCAUGGUAUUAAUAAAAACUAAACGAAGGCAAAUAGACAUAGGACAAAUAGAUAGAUGAAAGAAUAGAUCACGGACAGGAUCCUUGGACCUCAAAUAUUGCCCUUUAGUUCAACCACCUCUAAUUCCAUAUGUAGAGAUCACCUAUAGUGUGCAAUCUUAUUUACAGGUGGCAAUUAUGUACCGUGUAGCCCUAAAGAACAUUUAUACAACCUGAUGUCAUGCAGUUUGUUCCCAACGAGAAGUGAAGUUACCGGCCUGAUUUAAUUUGGGUACAAUUAAAGCUCUACAUACACUAAGCCCCUGUUUGAAAACAGUCAGGGCUGCAGCCCUUAGUAGCUUCCCACUAGCAAUACCCAUGCAUGAUGUAUGGAUCGCUUAUGUGUAACUAUAGUUGUCUAAUAGACUAUUUAUAAAUACUUAACUUUGCUGUAGUAUGAUUUAGGUAUGUGACUAUGGGGGUUUAGAAUAGAUUCCACUCUAAAGGAUUUAGAAUGUUGUGCAGAGUCUGGCAAUUGAUUUGAUAUCUCUGUGGAAUGGAAAACAAAAAGAAAUGUUAAUAUCCUUUUAGCAGGGGGAUAUUACAAUCUAAUAUAUAAUGAUAUUUAAUGUGGAAACCAGAAUGUUCUCUAAUUGCUACAGCUUUAGUGGCUACAUGUAAUCUACACAUACACAGGUGCAGAGUGGCAGAGAAUUGUUAUCUUUAUCAUUUAUAACGGGUAUAAAUAGCUUUAAUGUUUUCAUUUCCGCAGAUAUUUGAUGUGAGAAAAUCUACAAAGGGAAGAAAUGCAUUGCUCUCAUUCCUGGCUGGCACACAGAGCUUAGAAUUCCUGAAGCAACUGAUUAUGUUUUUUUGUUGUUUUUAUUUAGGGGGGAGAGAUUUUCCAGGUACCUAACUUUAAUGUCAAGUAAUAGAAUGUCCUAUAAAAAAUGGCAAUGCACUUCAAUGACAGUACAAAGGUCAAUGGGUUACAGGGACAGUUAAGCACCUUGAGAGUUUUCUAUAAAAUGUUUAGUUAUGUAUAAUAAAAAUAACUUUGCAAUACACUUUCAUUAUUAAUUAUGUCUCCUUUUCAUGUAAGUUAGUUCAAUGUGAGGAUCUUCUAAUUCACAGAAAUUAAAAUACACCCUGCGGACUUGCCAAGGCUAACCUUGCUACAUAUCUGUCCAUAAUUUGCUACUGCAAAACAAUCAACUUUAAACUAACUUUAUAACAGUGACUAGCUUGUUGUUAUCUGCAGACUAAAGCCCUGAUUGGCUCUUCCAAAUAAGACAAAUGGUGAGCAUAGUUUUGCUAUUUAUAAACAAUUGCAGUAAAAAUAGAUGUUAAUUUGUUUUAAAAAUGUUUAGACUUGGCUGAUAUGUUAUUCUACAGCAACAGAACAGAAAUGUAUUGUAAUUGCAAGGUGUUUACUGCCCCUUUAAAUAGUGCAAUGCUAUACAUAUUAUCCACUUAAAAGUAAAAUGUACUAGUUCAUGUAUGUUAUGUUAAGUUUGUCUUUGUAAAGUUUGUGGCUCUCUGAUAUAAAUGUUCGUCAAUGGCUGAACUAUAAGUCUGUCUUAUUUUAGGUCAAUGGAUCAGUUGGUUUUAAAGGGACAGUAUACACCAAUUUCCAUAUAACUGCAUGUAAUAGACACUACUAUAAAGAAUAAUAUGCACAGAUACUGAUAUAAAAAUCCAGUAUAAAAUGUUUUAAAACUCCCAGUUUAGCUCUGUUGAAAAGGUUAGCAAAAAAAGCAGACCCCCCCUUCCUCUGCAUAUGAAAAGACCCUUUACACAAACAGGAUCAAGCUGGAGUAGGUAUACAUCAGUAUUCUCCUAAAACUUUGGGGCUUGGUUACGAGUAAACAUUUAUGCAAUGAAAAAUCUAGUGUAUAUUGUCCCUUUAAGGCAAAGAAAAAAAAAAUAUUUUCACCAGUUGGUUUCCAUUAACAAGUCAUCGGUAGAUGACUCCAGUAUUUAAUUUUAAUUCAUUCCUGACUUGGAAAUGUUGCACUUUAAAUGCAUUUAUGCACCAAUUCUGUAGAAUAGGGAUUUAGCAGUUAAUGUGAUUUUAAAGAACCAUACAGCUCACAGUAUGUUUGCUUUUUAUGUAUAUCAGAUGUGACUGACAGCAGAAGUUGUAUGUUUUGCUUUUUUAUUUUAUUUUUCUAGUUAAACUAAUAUGUUGCAACUGUUUCUGUAUGUACAAUGCAUAUAUAUUGCUAUUUAUAUAGUGAUGUGACUUGCACCUAUAAUCAUCAAAUAGGUAGACUAUUAAUCUGUUGCCUCUAGGAAAUAAUUGCAGCACAGAAAAAAACUGCAUAAUAUUUUGACAUCUGUUUGGCAUCAGCAUUUUAAAGAUAAGUGCAAUGUUACUGAGUACAAAUAUCACGUAUUCAUUUAAAGCUUUUUUUUAUGAUUUUAAAUUUCUGGUCUUUGCCAUUCUACAUAGGUCUUAAUCUAAAUGUGUUUAUGACUUUAUUUGAAUUAGGUUACAUAGCUGUCAUACAUGUAAAAAAUAAUUCUUGCACAAAAAAAAGUAAAAUUUUACAUUUCGAACUAACAAGGAUAGUAUGUUGAAUAUUGGUAUUCAAUACUCAUUGGCUAAUGAGGACAAACCCAUAUUGCUGGACAGGGAUAAGAUAAACGAACCUAGGCAAUCCAAAGCUGAUACAGGAGUAUUGCACAGGAACAUACUUUUUAUUUCAAUGGAAAAUACAGAGGCUGCAGUGCUUUUUGAAUUUUCAAAACAAUCAGCAAAAAACUUUUAUUUUCUAAUACUGUUUUUUGUCAUAAAAAUGUAGACUGUAACAAUAAUUAAAGGGACAGUCUAGUCAAAAUUAAACUUUCAUGAUUAAGAUAGGGCAUGCGAUCUUAAAUAACAAGUCAAUCAAGUUUGUUUGUUCUCUUGAUAUUUUUUGUUGAAAGCUGAACCAAGGUAGUCUCAUAUGCUCAUUUCUAAGCACAUGAAGGGUGCCUCUUUUCUCAGUGCAUUUGGAAAGUUUUUCACACAUAGACAGUACUAGUUCAUGUGUGUCAUUUAGAUAACAUAGGUCUUACACCUGUGGAUUUACCUAGGAGUCAGAACUGAUUGGCUAAAAAGUCUGCAGAGGUUUAGAUACGAGGUAAUUACAGAGGUAGAAAGUGUAUUAAUAUAACAGUGUUGGUUAUGCAAAACUGGGGAGUGGAUAAUAAAGGGAUUAUCUAUCUUUUGAAAAAAUAAAAAUUCUGGAGUAGACUGUCCCUUUAAGCCACUUAAAUAAAGUGCCCUUUCCAUCAGCUAAGGGGUUAACAGUAAUCUGCAUAUUGAAUGUAAAUUGAAGAAAUUAGGCACCUAGUUUAAAUAAAGCUAAUUUAUAUAUAAACACAACUUUGAACACCUUACCUUUCUGUGCUCCUGUUCACUUGUUCUGCGGGAUGCACAGCAAUACAUUGCUAAAUUACUUUAAAAGAGUGAAGUAAUUCUAAUUUUAGUGAAAGCAGAUUAUUGUAAGAGCUAUUCAUAUCCACUUUGCUAGAAGCAAACCUACUUGGUAUAGCCUCGGUAUAUCUCACAGCAAGUUCUUUGGUUCCAUAAAUACAUAAAUGCAAUUUAAUUUCAAACCUACAACUUGUUCAUCUACUCAAUAGUUUAUUCUUUGUCUACACAAUGUUGUUACUUUUUGUAAAUGACUGUUUCAGAGGUAUAUUAUUCAAAUAAAGAUUAUUAUUAUUAUUA